AUGAACGGGAAAUCUCAUAGGAACCCAUUAUCAUUUUUACUAAAGCGUAAAAACGGUUUGUGGUUCAACUACAAGGACACCAAGAAAGGCCCACUCAAUGGCAUCUUUGGUGCGCCGCUCGAACACGGUGCUCAGUGUGGAUCAAUGACUUCCCAAGGUCUAUACGUUCCUACAAUUGUUCACAGGUGUUUUACAGAAAUAAUGAACCGAGGUCUUCUUGUGGAAGGAAUAUUUCGAUUAUCAGGCGCAGCUUCCGAGGUCGAUUCAUUAGAACUCGAGUUUGAUCGUCCUCCAACUUAUGGAAAAUAUCUAGACUUGACACACUAUGACAUACACGCUAUCACGGGUGUAGUUAAGAAGUAUUUACGUAGUUUGCCCAACCCUGUAAUUCCGAGCGCAUAUCAUAGUAGAUUCUUACAUUAUGCAGAUAAUCGAAAUAAGAAUAUACAAUCACUGUACAGACUAAUAGAAGAACUUCCUACCGCUAACUACCAGCUACUACACUACAUUAUGAUUCUCGUGUCAUCCAUUCAGAAUUCCUCUCAUGUUAACAAAAUGAAUGCUGAAGCACUUGCAAUUGUUCUGACGCCUGUGUGCAGUGGUCUCGAGCAAACUCUAAAGAAAAAUUCUAUUAAACGAAACACCCGACCACGCAUGGAAAACAUGCAGAACCUCGUACAAACUAACGCAAGGUGGACGCAUGUUUGGAAUCUUAUGAUUACCAACCAUGCAGCACUUCUCUUGGCUUGGAAUACACAUUCUCGUCUUGGAACAAAGACCCUUCCAGCACUGUCCACCCACACGCACACGCACACUCCAUCACCUGCUGGGCAUUCAGAUAUUUCUCAGCACAAGAUCUUGCAGCUGGCUUUGUUUCCAGAAGAAGACACAUUGGAUUGGUGCCUAAACCAUUCGCUGAUCUCCUUCCCUGACCAACAAACAUCCCCACCUCCUAAUCUACCUCUAUUGCCACAAACAGAACAAGAGCAGAGAUACGGUGUUGUAGUCAUGAGACGGAAUAAUACUGGAUACAAAGGUGGCGGACGACAGAGACUAAGGCAGCGCAUGGAAGCCACUUCAGAUACACCCAAAGAUUAUCUCGAAACGCUCUUUUUAGAUCUCUCGACCGACACCAUUACUAAACCACUCACAUCCUCUCAACCAAUUCCUUGCCAUUCAGACUCUAAUGAGUCAUCAAGAGCCAACUCCUCCACAAGCCUUAACCAAGUACUCGCAUAA